AUGGAAAUAAUUGAAGAUAAAUUUUCAAAGAAAUAGAUGCAAUAUUAUAUGGCAAAACAUGACCAAGAAAAACAGACUCUUGAGGAAUUAAUGAAGUUGGCUCUGUUAUAUAACAAUACAAGUAUCUGUAUGUCCAAGAAUAUUUUGUCUUCUUCAAUAUUUUUAAAGACCCUCAGAUGUAAGUACGGACAAAAUCUUGGGGUAAGCUGUGCUGAGAACCCUGAACUGGGGACUAAUAUAUGCCAGCUAAUUGUGAACAAACAAUUCACCCAGUUCCAGUAGCACAGGAUCACACGUGAAGAAAUAUUGGCGAUGCUAACAGGUCAUUCUCUGAUGAGGAGGCUAGUUCAUGGCCUCAAAUUAUAA